AUAACAGCUGCCUCCACCACAGAAACACAAGUUGCAUUCAACGAAACAUGAAGACUUUAACUCUUAGCAUUCUACUGAGCCUGGCAGCCGCAGUUCACUGCGUACCACUUCCUCAGGUUACCGUGCAAGAUGAGCAUUUCGCAGAGAGCUACCUGAAGAAAUUCUUCAACCUGACAGAGGAGACUGGUCCAACUGUCAGACGGGGGAUCAGUCCAUUGAACAGGAAGCUGAGUGAGAUGCAGAAAUUCUUUGGCCUCCACAUCACCGGCACACUGGAUGAAGACACCGUGGCAAUGAUGAAGAAGCCUCGCUGUGGUGUUCCAGAUGUCAAAAUUGCCCGUUUCUCCACCUUUGAAGGCAGCAUCAAGUGGGAGAAAAACAGCCUCACCUACAGGAUAGAGAACUACACACCUGACAUGUCUAUGGCAGAGGUAGAUGACUCCAUAGAGAAAGCUCUGCAAGUUUGGGCCAAAGUCACCCCUCUGAGAUUCACAAGAAUCUACAGUGGCACUGCAGACAUCAUGAUCUCAUUUGGCCGCCUAGCACAUGGUGAUUCAUACCCCUUUGAUGGCCCAGAUGGCACUCUCGCCCAUGCCUUUGCUCCAUCUCCUGGCCUUGGAGGAGAUGCUCACUUUGAUGACGAUGAGACCUUCACUUUCCGCUCCAAUACCGGCUACGUCCUCUUCAUGGUGGCUGCCCAUGAGUUUGGCCACUCCUUGGGCUUGUCUCACUCUGAUGAUCCUGGUGCUCUCAUGUACCCUGUGUACACAUACAGAAACCCUGACACCUUUGUUCUGCCCCGGGAUGACGUCAACGGCAUCCAGUCUCUGUAUGGUCCAAAUCCUGACAAGGGUCCUCUUGACCCUGAGCCUGAACCUCCAACCACCCCUGAUGCCUGUGAUUCUGCUAUGGUCUUGGAUGCUGUGGCCAUGCUGAGAGGAGAAAUGCUCUUCUUCAAGGACAGCUUCUUCUGGCGCAGCCACCCUCAGAGCCCUUCACCACAGCAAAGCCUCAUCACAAACUUCUGGCCCGAUGCCCCCAACAACAUUGACGCUGCUUAUGAAAGCCAAGAAUUAGACAGUGUCUUACUGUUUAGAGAUCGUAGAGUGUGGGCCUUCCGUGGCUAUGAUCUUGUACCUGGCUAUCCUAAAUCAAUUUCCAAUUUUGGUCUACCCACGCAAGUAAAGAAAAUCAGUGCAGCCCUUUAUGAUGAGGAAUCUGGCAAGACUCUGUUCUUUGUAGGCAACGAUUACUACAGUUAUGAUGAGGCCAGAAAGACUAUGGACCCAGGAUUCCCCAAGCGAGUGGAUGAGACCUUCUCUGGUCUGACCGGCAAGGUGACUGCAGCUUUCCAGUACAGAGGUUUUGCUUACAUCUACAGUGGACCCUACAUGUUUGAAUACAGCCUGAGGUCCAAGAGGUUGUUCCGUGUGCUGAGGAACAACUACUUCUUGCCCUGCUCUAAAUUCUAGACCCGUUUACCAGCUACUUUGCUUAAGUAGCCACUCUGAAUGAAAAUGAAGACACCACAGUGUAAAGUGUUCAUGAUCAUGUGAUAAUAUAUUUAAUAAUAUAUAAUAAUAUUUUUCUACACUUAAAGGUAUAUAUUGAAUACAGAACAGCACCUUAUAUGUUUUUUUAAUUAUUUUUACUUUUAUAAUGUUAGCCAUUGCUAUUUCAAGUUAACUCUCUUAUCUUGUUUUAUAUGUGUCUUUUUCAUUGUUUAAUUAUUGCUUUUGCUGUUUCUUUAUUUAUUGUUUUUUACUCCUUUAAUCAUGUGUUUAAUGAAGUUUAGCUGUGGAACUUGUGAAAUGAAAUUGAAAAUUAAUUUCCAUAACAAAUAAAAUUUGUUUGAGUAAAUUUUA